GUAUUUGUAAAAAGCAAACCGACGAGCGGAUAAGGCGGAAUAUCUGAAGAGCAGCAGCGAAAAACACGAAAAGCCAGAAACAGAAACCAAAAACCCAAACCGAAACAACUCGAACUUCGUGUGCAGUGUGGCAAACUCAAAAAGAAACUGAAACAGAUAACAUAAGAAACCGAAAGAAGCAGCAGCAGCGAAUCGAAGCGUAAAAAAAAAAAACAGAGCAAAUUGAAAGAAGCACAGAACAAAACACAACACAACAAAUUUAAAUAAAAUCCAACGCAAACAGCGAGAGAAAAGUUAUUCCGGAAAACGCGCGGAAAAGUGCAUUUCGAAUUUCAUUAAUUUUUUUUCGAGUGAAAGUUGGGCGCUUCAGGCCCAACAACGCCCACAAUGAACCGUUCGAACAGCUUUGUCAGCUCGCUGAAAUGGUGGCCACUGCAGGGUCACAACAACCAACCGGUGGCGCCACCUGCCAGCGGUUACUCCCAAUCGGCGCCCAGCUCGCCCACCUCCAAUUGGCCACCGCCACUGCAGCAGCAUCAGAAUCCCACAACCGGCACCGCCCACCGCCUACUGCCGCCCAGCGGGCAAAAGAAUGGAAUUGCUGGCGGCACCGUGGGCGCCACAUUCGGCAGCAGUGUGGCAGUGCAAAAGCUGCGCGAAUCCAAGUGGUUCAAGCCCGAGGAGCAGCGCAUCUUUUGCGCCGUCGUCGAGUGCGGUUUCGUGGUCGAGAUCCGCAGCAGCGCCGCAGCCGAGGCGGCCGCAGCUAACGCAGCAGCAGCGGCCGCAGCAGCCGACACCGGUGACAACGACCUCGACGUGGACGCUCUGGAGGAGCUCGACUGCCCACUGACCAACCACCCAUCGCCGCCGCAUCGCAAUCACAGCCAUAGUCACAGCCAAAUCCAAAACCAAUCCCAGCGGCUGGUCAUCCCGCGCAACGGUAGCAGUUUCCUGGAGACGCAGGACGAGAAUGAGACGCCUGUCGCCUCUUGGUAUGGAAUCGUGCUCUGCAAGGUGGCCAAAGACAAUAAACCCAAGCCGGAGACCAUUGAGAUAUAUUCGGUGAAAAUCCGUGAGAAUGGUACAUACAAGUUGAUCAAGAUGCAAUUGGCGGAUAUUUGGAGUCACGGAUGGGAGCUGCGUAUCAAUAACUUUGCCGACAAGGAAAAGGUGCCGCACAACGAGAAGGAUAUUCGCAAUCAGGUGUCGGUGGCGCGCAAAGCCAAACAGAGUCUGUGGAACAAUAAUAAGCAUUUUGUGUACUGGUGCCGCUACGGAAGUCGUCAGCAGGAUCUGCGAAAGCGACAGGUAACGACGAGUGCCAAUCACGUGCUGCUGCACCUGAUCAAUUGAUAAGUCGAGCCGAGUCAGCCGGAGUCCAAUAAAUGGACGUGGAGAAAAUGAAAUGAGAAAUAGGAGCGUUUGAAGCGCCGACACUGAAACCCAUCCUUUUUCCUGCUCCUGCUCCUGCUACUGCACCAUACCACCACCUUAAUCCGCCACCCAAAAACUGUGCAUUGAUUGCAGCAAAAAGACCGAAAAAAAACCCAAAGCAAUGUAAAAACAUGAAAAACCACACAUCAUACCGACCAAGUCAUCAUACAUACUCAAAACUCUAGUACGCAACGUGGACUAAAAACGUCAAAAACGAACUGAGGGAACCGGAAAAAAAGAACCAUUAACUUUUUCUAGGGCCCCGACCUAUGCAUCUAUCUAUGCACCCAUCAUUCAACUACCGAUUCACGCUUGCUUUGCUCAUACAAAAAAUUCGCCCAAAAGAAUGAAAAACCCCUGAGAAUUUUCCGAUCGUUCAUCAGCUAAUCAAUCGAACUGAAGGCAUUGCUAGAUGCUAGACUCUAGAUUCUAGACUCUUUUUCUGUGAGACUGCAAAAGUUGUCCAUUCAAUGUUGAUGACAUUUAGAUUUACAAUUUUCGUCAAGAUUGCACUUCUUGAUUUUCUCUCUCUCUCAAUCAAUUGCAGUUAGAUUUUCCGGCUUCAAGGACCCAAGGACAUUGAGUUCGCCUGCCUAUCGUGGUGGUCUCAAUGUCUGGGUAAAUUGUACUGGAUUAUCUGGCGAGUGAAAUGCGAGAUUGGCAAGAUCAGCGAAGUGGGCCAUGGCUGCCACAUUUAUGGCAUCUAAAUAAGAAACAUAAAACUUGCCAUUCUUGCGGCAUUUAUAUGUACAAUAUAUAUAUAUAUAUAUUCCUGCCAGCUCAUCGUUACCAGAGACGUACGUAUUUUGUGUUUGUACACCGUGUCUUACAAUCGAAUCUAUAUUGCAUUGCAGAUGUCGGAGUGCGUGAAAUGGGGCAGCGUGGGCAUGAAUGCGGGCAUGCUGUUGGUGCUCAAUAAUCGGCAGAAAUGCCAUUCCCACUCCAAGUAGAACGAACGAUACCGAUACGAUAAUCAACCAACUUCACCUUGAGUUCCCAUUUCGAAAUCCGAACGCAAAGCAUUGAAGAAAUCGUGUGGCGUACAAGUCAAGUAUUAGCGUAUUUCAAUUCGGAUGAUAAGAUAAUUUAUGGUAUGGCUUAAAUGCAAAUGGAGUGGAGUUGGCCAGGAAAAUUCAAAUCAGGGCGAGGGCUUACUUUUUUUUUUUUUUUUUUUUUUUGGCAGUAUUAAUUAUAGUAAUAUUUAAUAAUGAUAAUGGCAAUUUGGAGCAAAGUACGCGAAUCAUGCCUCACAAUAUACGUCAUAGUCACAAGCAGCACACCCCCGCCAACAAAUCUAUAUCCAUAUGUAUGUAUGUAUAUAUGCAUAUAUGUAUGAUGAACAAGCGGUUGCAAACUCCUGCAUGAGUUGCAAUUUUGCGAUUUAUAGAAAAUACUUUUGUAUUUGCUAAACAAACAUUGUGUAUAUGAUGACACACAGAACGAGAGAGAGAGACACACACACACACACACACUGUGAAAUUCGAAAAGACUUAUUAAAUAUUUGUUUGUUUUUUUUUUUUCGUCCUAACUUUUUGUUUUCCAUGUGAUUAUAUAUAUAUAUAUAUAUAUAUGUAUUUAUAUACAUUGUGAAAAUGGCACAAAGCAUCUUAUGCAAGGCAGCCACUUUUUUUGUUUUCUUUGUUAUUUAAGCGUAAUUAAGUAAUACCCAUUAAAAAAAAAUAAAACAAAAAAACAAUUAUAUUUAUAUAUAUAUAUCGAGCGACAGCUCCGCGUAGCCAGCUUAAUAAUUUAACAAUCUAGCAUUGUAAAACAAUCAAAAACAUUCGAAAUGUUUCGUUAUGUAUUUAGCCUGCCCAAAUGACCGACCGACCGACAAAUUAAUUAACACAGCAAUUAAGACGACGACUCAAAAAAAAAAAAAACAGAAACAGAAAUUUCCCCCAGAAAUUCUAAACAAAAAUACAUAUUUUUGUACAUAAGGAACUGAAAUGGACGCUCCACGGAUUCUACAAAUACGUAAAAAUCGAAAUCAAAGAGGAGCUCGCAUCCCAAAACAAAAACAAAAACGAUUUACACAAAAAUAAAAAAAAAAAAAAAAAAAAUGAAGCAAAUCAUCGCUAGUUUGUAAGCUAUAUAUACAUAUAUAUACAUUAUUAAUUAUUUUGUUUAAGUUUUGUCUUUUUAAGCCAUUUAUAAAGUAUUUAUGGUAGUUCGUAUAUACAUUUCGACAAUGUGAGAAAAUUUGAAUAUGAAACGUUUGUAAAAUGCUUUAUAUUGAUAUUAUUAUUAAAUGUUUACCAACGGAUACAACAAC